CGCUUUGCUCUCAGUCUAUUUAACAGCGAGUCAUAGACGGUUCGGCCUAUAUAACCAUUUGAGUGGCUCCCUCAGUUAGGUCACAACGCACCAAGAGGGUUUUAUUUCCAGCUUCUAGGGUUUUUCACUUUCUUUCUCUUUUCCCCUAAAUCAAUCAUGAGUCGUCAUCCUGAGGUGAAGUGGGCCCAGAGGGAGGACAAGGUCUUCCUUACUGUGCUUCUGCCCGAUGCCAAGGACGCCAAGGUUAAGCUUGAGCCUGAAGGAGUUUUCAUCUUCUCCGCUAGUGCCGGCGCCGGGAAUAACCACUAUGAGCUGAAACUCGACCUUUUCGAUAAGGUUGAUGUAGAGGAAAGCAAAAUAAGUAUUGGAGUGAGGAGUAUAGUCUGUAUUGUGGAGAAGGCAGAGAAAGUUUGGUGGAGUAAGCUAUUGAAAGGAGAUGGGAAGACACCGCAUUAUGUCAAAGUAGAUUGGGACAAAUGGGUUGACGAAGACGAGGAUCCUCCAGCAGCAGCAGGUGCUGAUGACAUGGGUAUGGGAGGCAUGGAUUUCUCGAAAUUUGGUGGCAUGGGAGGUGAUGAUGCAAUGGGAGGGAUGGGCGGACUUGGUGGGAUGGGCGGAAUGGGCGGAAUGGGCGGCAUGGGUGGAAUGGGCGGCAUGGAUUUUUCUAAACUUGCUGGCAUGGGAGGUGAAGGUGGAAUGGGUGGGAUGGAUUUUUCGAAACUUGCUGGCAUGGGAGGUGAAGGUGGAAUGGGUGGGAUGGAUUUCUCGAAACUUGCUGGCAUGGGAGGUGAUGGUGCAAUGGGUGACUUUGAUGAUAGUGAUGAUGAUCAAGAAGUUUCCAAGCCAGGAGAACCGGAUGCUGCCAAGAGUGAAGCUGAUCCCUCAGGGGAGAAAAAGGAAGCUGCAUCAAGCACAUGAUUUCGUAUUGGUUAACAUUAGUGGUGCGGUCAACAAACAAUGGCAUUUCGGCUUUUUGGUUAAGGAGUGGUUUUUCCUGCCUUAGAAGCUAGAUCAUGCUCUAGACCUCUGACAGAUGUAUUUUAGUUAUUUGUUUCAAUUUCCAUGGAGUUGAGCUAUGGAUAUCUAUUGUUUUUAUCAAGUCCAUUCCUUUUUCCCCUUUUUCA